UUUUUCGCCUUCUUGAGCUCUCAGUCGAUCGGUCGAUUUUCUCGCGCAAAUCGGAUCCCGUCUGGUGUGUGCACUACCCCUCGUUGGCAGAGCUGUUUUUGUGCCAUCAAGUCAGCCCGGAGAAGCCAGGAACCCGUGCUUGUCGUCAGUUUCCGCUGUGUUUGUGGGUCUGGUAACUCUGAACAGGAAGACACGCGCCGUGGGAGACGUCUGAGCUGAGAGAGGAAACGACUGUGGCUUCUUGGUCAUCCUCAGAAUGACUGAGUUCUGGGUUUGUUUCAGCUGCUGCAUUGCAGAGCAGCCACAGCCUAAACGGCGACGACGGAUCGAUCGCUCCAUGAUCGGCGAGCCAACAAACUUUGUUCACACCACACACGUAGGCUCAGGAGACAUGGGCAUGGGAUUGGCAUCGGUGGACCUGGUUCAGACCCAGAUGAAAUCGAAAGGGGGAUACGCGCAUGCAGGCUCGGGAGGAUCUCAGUUGUAACAAGCUCUUCAGUCUUGUGGAAACUACUGUUGUUGAUAUGAGGAAGAAUUUUAAAAAAGCAGUUCAGUCCGUAAUGGACACAGGACCAAAAGAAGAGAAAAAGAAAACUACUGCUUUUCCAUAAUGUUGUAUAUAUUUUUAUUUUCCAUUCCUUUUUUUUUUUUUUAAAAGAAAAAAAAAUGAAAGCACUGCUAUCCAUUUGCUGCCAUACUGUUGCACUGUAAAGAAUAGCUGUUAGAUAAGAGGGUUUAGAAAGCUCAUGAUUUCAGUCAGACGUAUGCUUGUGUGUAUGCAUGAGGAAAAAAAAAAAUAUUUUCAAAAAUACUUGCUGUUGUAGCCUGUUUGGAUGCCUGUAUUUAUUAUCUGAUUCGCAAACGGACCUCACGGUGGCUGGGCCACGCUGGAGAUUUGGAACGUUCAGUUUCCUUCUUUAUUCUCAGAGGUUUAUCAAAGGACAGGUAGAGGGAGCAAAGCGAAGAGCGACGCGUUGGCCGUCUCGUUCCGGGAACACUCGCAGAUCUCUGAGCUGCUUUCAGGGUUGAAGAUUGCUGUUUUGUUACAAACUUGAACCGAGUAGAGUACACUGGACCGCACAUUGUACACUCACACCUGCUUAGGAAUUUCGCAUUGAUUUCAACAGUUUUUUUUUUUAUACUCAUUUAGAUGGAAUCUUAGAAUUUUAGCAAACUAUGAGCCUCUUAAUCUGCCUUCUGAAAUCAUGAAUUUUUUUUUUUUUUUUUUUACUAGCACAAUUUGGAAGUUUUAAUGCUACACGAGCUAAGUUUAGUUUUUCUAAGAACUUUAUGUAUUCGUUCUCCCCCCCCCCCCCCCCCCCAAAGCCUGUGUACCAAUAGUAGAGCAAAGCUUAAGCUUGGGCGCAACCAAAUUUCUGCUGCAAACACUGUCACAAAUGUGGCUAUAACACAAUUGUUGUACUUGACUUGAUCUAUGUCCUGUUUUUUUGUUUUUUUUUUUCUUCUCCUUCUUUCUGUAUGCUGUUAGUUUGUACACACUGGUUCAGUUCUAUUUUUUUUCCACCAGGAGGCAUCAGGCUGCAUUCAGGUGCUAUUCCAGUUGUGAAGUUGGUCUUUGAUGCUGUUCAAGUGCUUUUAAAUGCGAAUGUAGACUAAACAAAGACGCUGUGGCGACUUAUGAACAAAACAUUAACUGUUUUGUGUGAGUUGUAAGUUACAGGUUAAUAAAAGGAAAAAAAAAUCAAAGGUUUUUGUAAAAAUCUUAAUCUAUUUACCAAACAACACUGACUUAUGAAACAAUAUAUAUCAUAACAUAAAAAAGCUUAUGAAUGUUCCCCUGUCGUGCUUGUCAUGUCCACUGUUGCCCUCCUCGUUUGGAUGGCACCGUCAGUCCACCAGUUAAGACUUUCUUUCAGUUUGGAGUUAAACUUUUUUUUUUCCCUACGACACAUGAAUGCAGCAGUGAUGCUUCUUUCCGAGCAGGACAGCCAUGACUCUCAAAGAUGUUCCCAAAUGUCCUUUUUGUAGCAGUGUUUGCGGUUAGAUCGCUUAUAAAUAAGAUUUUAUGUGAUGUUAAUGUUAUUUUUGUCAAAAUUACAAGAAGUAUUGACUUGCCUUCUCACCCUCUAUGGACAAGAUAUUCCCAAUUUGCCAAUUUUUUUUUUCCUCAAAGUCUCUGCUUUAUUUCCUCACGCACAUAUAAUUUUUCUCUCUUAUUAAAAAAAAUAAAAAUUAAAAAAAAAACAAGGCAGCUCUUUGUUGCUGGAUAAUGUUGGCUGUCACAGUUAUAUCAUUGAGCACAAUUAGAGCUAAGAUCUUUAUAGGGACUCAUGCAUUUUCAUCCUGUAGUGUUAUCACAGUGUUGUCUAAAAUUUCCAAACCUGGCUCUUGUUAAAAAAAAAACAAAAACAAACUGGAAUGGGUAAGGUCGACGGCGGCGAGCAAACCAGCAGGCCUGGAUCUUUAAAAACACGUGAUUGUUUGUUCUCAAUGUACUUCCCAUGAUUGACUAUUCUAAUAACAGAAUGUGUUGAAUGUAUUAAAUGGAGCAUGUAGAUCGGUGUUACACGCGUGCUAAUUGUCAAAACCAUUCAUGGUACAAAGAGAAUGAAAUCAUUGGUGUUGGUACCAGGCGGGGCGUAAAGUCCCCCUCUGGUCAGAGUCACAUGUGUAAACGUGUACGGCCUUAACAUGAAGGUUUCAUGAGAUUCAUCCGUUUUAGAUAUUGUCACAUAGUUCCUGUUUCAUUGUCCUGGUGUGAAAUCGACCAAACUCGCACAUGAAGUCAUGCUUUCUUUUCCAACUCUGGGUUCUGUGCUGCAGUUACUGGGACUGCAGUAAAGUUAUGUGACCAGCAGGCUUUGCUAGUGGACGGCUUGAAUGUGACUUAAACUAAAUGUUUCACUUUGGGAUUCCUGUCAGAGGACUUAUUUUGUGAUGAUAUUGUAAAUACAGAAAAGUGAUGGAUCCAUGGUUUAUAUGUAUUCAAAUUUUUUGGUUACUUUCCUGUAUAACAUUACAGGGAAGGUAGAGUUGGCACAGUUCCCCCCCCCCCCCCCCCCCAGCCCCCCCCCAGCCCCUCCAAAAUCUGCCGAAUAUGUAGUUCCCACUUUAAAGGGAAAGUCAUCUGUCUUUUUCUGCAUUUUUUCAGAAUAAACAAAUAAAUGUUAUCUGUUGAUGUUUGACCAGC